AUGAGGCUUCUGAAGGUAGCGACAUGCAACUUGAAUCAAUGGGCAAUGGACUUCGAUUGCAACAUGAAAAAUAUAAAGGAGUCCAUUUUGAGGUCUAAGGAAGCGGGUGCCGUUAUUCGGCUGGGUCCCGAGCUUGAAAUCACUGGCUAUGGCUGUGAAGACCAUUUCUUGGAACUUGACACGGUCAACCAUGCCUGGGACUGCUUAAAAGAGUUAUUGCUUGGUGACUGGACAGAUGGCAUACUGUGCAGUUUCGGUAUGCCUGUUAUCAAAGGAUCAGAACGUUACAACUGUCAAGUGCUGUGCUUGAAUAGGAAAAUACUGUUGAUACGCCCUAAGAUGUGGCUUGCGAAUGAUGGUAACUACAGGGAACUCAGAUGGUUUACUGCAUGGAAGCAAAAAGAGCAUCUUGAAGACUUUCUUCUGCCAAGUGAAAUAUCUGAUGAUCUGUCGCAAAGGACAGUGCCUUUCGGCUAUGGGUUUAUUCAGUUUCUUGAUACAGCUGUUGCAGCAGAAGUGUGUGAGGAACUUUUCAGUCCUAUGGCCCCUCAUGCAGAGCUUGCCUUGAACGGUGUUGAAGUUUUCAUGAAUGCUAGUGGGAGCCAUCAUCAAUUACGGAAACUCGAUCUUCGUAUGCGUGCUUUUGUCGGUGCUACACAUAUCCGUGGAGGAGUUUACAUGUACAGCAAUCACCAAGGAUGUGAUGGGGGGCGCCUAUAUUACGAUGGAUGCUCUUGUAUUGUGGUGAAUGGAGAUGUUGUUGCUCAGGGCUCACAGUUCUCACUGAAGGACGUGGAGUUGGUGGUUGCUCAAGUAGAUCUAGAUGCGGUGGCCAGUUUCCGAGGAUCAAUUAGUAGCUUUCAGGAACAAGCCAGUUGCAAAAAAGAAGUUCCCUCCGUUUUAGUACCUCACAAGCUGUGUGAGUCUUUUAAGCUCCAGAUGUUACUUUCAAGUCCAAUUAAGGUUCACUAUCAUUUACCUGAGGAGGAAAUAGCUUAUGGGCCAGGGUGCUGGUUGUGGGAUUACUUGAGAAGAAGUGGUGCUUCUGGUUUUUUACUUCCACUUUCAGGUGGAGCAGAUAGCUCUUCUGUUGCUGCUAUAGUUGGUUCCAUGUGCCAGCUAGUCGUAAAAGAAAUAUUGAAUGGGGAUGAACAAAUAAAAACUGAUGCUAUACGGAUAGGCCAUUACACUGAUGGGCAAUUUCCAACAGACAGCAAAGAGUUUGCCAGACGUAUAUUCUACACAGUUUUCAUGGGAUCUGAAAAUAGUUCUACUGCCACAAGAACCAGAGCAAAAGUGCUUUCUGAGGAAAUGGGGUCAUGGCAUCUUGAUAUCUCAAUAGAUGGAGUGGUUUCUGCCCUUCUCUCUUUGUUUCAGACUCUCACUGGAAAACGACCACGCUACAAGGUUGAUGGGGGUUCAAACAUUGAAAACUUAGGGUUGCAAAAUAUUCAGGCUCGAAUAAGGAUGGUCUUAGCAUUCAUGCUAGCAUCACUCUUACCUUGGGUUCACAACAAAUCAGGUUUUUAUCUGGUCUUAGGAAGCUCAAAUGUAGAUGAAGGAUUACGUGGUUACUUGACUAAGUAUGAUUGCAGUUCGGCUGACAUAAAUCCAAUUGGAAGCAUUAGCAAACAGGAUUUAAGAAUAUUUCUAAGAUGGGCUGCUGUUCAUCUGGGCUACUCAUCUUUGGCAGAUAUUGAAGCUGCUCCCCCCACUGCCGAGCUGGAGCCAAUACGAUCUGAUUACAACCAGCUGGAUGAAGUGGAUAUGGGAAUGACAUACGAAGAACUCUCUGUAUAUGGAAGGCUUCGUAAGAUAUUCCGCUGUGGACCUGUUUCCAUGUUUAAGAAUCUCUGUUACAAAUGGGGAACAAAGUUGACACCAUCAGACAUUGCCGACAAAGUGAAACAUUUCUUCAAGUACUAUUCCAUCAAUAGACAUAAGAUGACCGUCCUAACACCUUCCUAUCAUGCAGAGAGUUACUCACCAGAGGAUAACAGGUUUGAUCUACGCCAAUUUCUGUACAACUCGAGGUGGCCUUAUCAGUUUCGAAAGAUUGAUGAACUUGUGCACGAUUUGGAUGGUGAUAGUGUGUCCAUCGCAAAAUCUAGUGACGUGGCCACGCCUGACGGUGGCAUGGGUGUAAUAGCUGCGGGUGCAGGCAACCCAAGUGCCGGUUUUUAA